AUGUAUUACUCGACUCCUCUUGCGCUUGCCGCUCUAUUUACCACUGCACAUUCGCACGCAGUCCUCUUGCAAGCUGUCGGAGACUCUGGUUCCAGCCAAGGCUUCUUGGUUGACCCUGCCAUUGCCCGUAAUUGCACUACCAUCUCUCCUUGCCAGCAGGAUGCUACUAUCAUUCGUAAUGAGGAGAUUUCCCAAAACAUUGUCAAUGCAUGUGGCAGGACCGAGAUUAAUGGCAACAUUGACAUUGGCGAGCAAACCGAGAACGAGCUAGCAGCUGGCCGCAUGACCAAGGUCUCUGCCGGCUCCACAAUAGCAGUCACUAUCCACCAAGUCAAUGCCGAUGGCGCUGGGCCGUUCGAGUGCGACAUGGACGAGACUAGCAACGCCGUCACCACUUUCACGCCACUGAAGGUUUCCAACAACGUCCCCGGCUCUUUCGGUCUCUCCCAGGCCAAGGAGCAGGAUUUCACCAUCAACGUCCAGAUGCCCCAAAAGUUCAACUGCCUCGGAGCGUCCACCGGAAACAUUUGCACUAUCCGCUGCCGCAACAAUGCCAUUGCUGGUCCCUUUGGUGGAUGCUUCGCCGUCCAACAGACCGACGGCACUGGCCGUACCAACAAGAGUGCCGCUGCUGUCGACACCACUCAGACACUGGAGGGUAUCUCUGCACAAAUUCUCCAAAACAAAAAAGACCUCCCUGCCGCCAUUGCGGCGAACCAGGCUGCUGGUGCUGCAGGCGGCAAUGAGGGUGCCAGUGCCAUUUCCGCUCUCGCUCCUGCUGCGACUCCAGCACCCAAUGCUGGCAAUGGCAAUAAUGGAAACAAGGGAAACCAGAACGGUAACAAGGGAAACAACGGGAACGCCAACCAGAACAAUGGCAACAAAGGCAAUGGGAACAACGCCAAUGGCAACCAGAACGCCAACCAGGGCCAGGGUCAGGGCCAGAAGCAGCAAGGCCAGCAGGGCCAGCAAGCCCAAGGACAACAGGGUCAAGGCCAAGGACGCAACCAAGGCCAGGCACAGCAAGCCGGACAAGGCCGCGGCCAGAACCAAGGCAACCGUGCUGGCGCCCGACUCCGCCGCUUCAGCCUCAACUUCCUGAACUAA